CCGUUCCUCAGCAAUAGUGCUACAGCCUUAUGAUUUUGUUACAAUUAGAUUAACUAAUUGAUUUACAAAGUUAUUCUAAUCCUACUCCUAUGUAUAAUAUGGUCCCGCACUAUUGAAACCUAGCAAUACAUAAACGUGUAUUUAUCGUCGCGCGAAAGUCUACAAUCCACUCCGUGCUCACUUCGGUGAAAGUGAUGGCACCAGAUUUAAACUCAAUACCUAUAUCCCCAAGACCUCAGGAGGUGAUAGCAUCUCCACGUCUUACAUCUCGUACUCCUUCCCGACGCACUUCUCAAGCAAUGGCUUCCCCAAAUAAUCUAUCGACUUCUUCCUUAAAUAUUCUCCCUUCGAACCAAAGUGCUGUCACUGCAGCUUCACCUCCUUUGAUGUCGCCUUCCAAUAAUAUUUUGACAUCUGCAACUGGCACGAUUCCUUCAGGAGAUAAUACCGGUGUAGGAAUGGGACCUGGACCGUUAAGACACCCAAGGCCUCUGACGGCUGCGGAUUUACAUCUACAACUGGAGAAAGAACAAGAAGCUGUCGUGAAUCGAUUAACCCGCGAGCUGAGCAUGCUUCGUGCUGCUCAAAAUGCCUCCGUCGUCUCAAAUACCUCGUCCACUUCCGCAGGCCACCCUGAUGGGUUAGAUAACUCAAACCAUCUCCUAUCCGGACCCAACCACCCCAUUCCUUCACACCGUCGCCAUCACCGCACAUCUUCCAGCACCUCCACUCGAAGCAUUACUGCCACAGCAGGCAGUAUCAGCACGACCAGUGGAAUCGCCGCCCCUGCCGCUCGACGCGUCGAUUCACUACCUCAAGCUAUCUCCCUGAGUCGCCAAAACUCCACAACUGGUGUUCACAGAUCCGGAGCCAGUAGUCCUGCACCAUUGAGCGGUAGUUAUGGACAUGCGGAUCAAUUCUCGCAUUUCUAUCACCAACAACGACCUAGUAUGCUACCACAUCGUGAUUAUUCAUCGGGUAAUGUACCAACAAUGGGUAGCACUGCGGGUGAAGUUGGUAGUGCGACAAGCGUGCCAACAACAGCAAGAUAUGAGGAGGCAGCCCUUCAAAGACAGGAAUUAGAAAAUGUGAAGAGAGAGAAUGAAGCGUUGAAGAAGAGGAUUAGGGAGUUGGAGAGGACGAUAAGGGAUAGAAGACAGAGUGAUGCAAGUUUGAACAGACCAAGAAGUGAGAGUGUUAGUACGUCGGCCAGUGUGAGCAUUGGAAGAGGCAGAGAUAGCUUAAGGAAUAAGGAUGUAGAGGAAGAUGAGAACGUUAGGGUUGGGGAGAGUGCUAGAAGUGGUGGCUUGAGAUGAGUGGGUUUGGUUUGUUUCUGACGAUCUGAUAUUUCGGAGUUCGUGAAGGUUUCAUUUCUCAUUGAUUGCUACAAAUUUUCGACUUGGCUCGAAGGAUAGGAGAAAAAUAUGGCGUAUAAGUAGGUUUUUCUACAUGGUCUGGUCUAGUUUUCGUAUUGCAGGGAAAUAUGGGAAAUCUCAGAAUUCAGCCCAGGGAUAAAUUAUUACAAUACAAUCUACUCUUUAUU